AUGUUGUCGCGCUUCGCGAUGUCGGCCCUGGCCGUCGCGGCGCUCCUUCUCUGCCUGGCCUCUUCGGGACGUGUCAGCGCUGCAGAGCUGGAUGAGGUGAUUUACCUUGACACGAUUCACGGUCGUAUUGUGAUCCGAACCUACCCCGAGUACGCGCCCCGCCAUGUGGAGCGCAUUACCGAGCUCGUCAAGGCCGGCUUUUACGACGGCAUUGUCUGGCACCGCGUCAUGGAAGGGUUCGUGGCGCAGGCCGGUGAUCCACUGGGCAAAGGCUACGGUGGCACGGGCAUCACCAUCGACGCCGAGUUUAACAAUCGCUCCCACCACACGGGCACAGUCAACAUGGCUCGCGCCAACGAUCCCAACAGCGCCGACUCGCAAUUUAGCAUCAUGUAUGUGCACAACGGCUUCUUGGACCAUCGUUACACGGUUUGGGGCCAGGUCCUGGGUGGCUUUGACGCCGUGAACAAACUCAAAAAGGCCAAGCCGCACUCACCCGGUGGCCAAGUUGAAGACCCUGACGUCAUUGUCAAGAUGCGCCUACCAGCCGAGGUGGAACAAACCUGCGUUGACACAGAUCCCAAGUGUGAGUACUGGGCGCGCCCCGGUGAGACCGGCUAUGGCGGCCGCCACAGCAUCGGCGAGUGCCAAAAGAAUCCCGACUUUAUGAACAAGGCCUGCCCGGUUUCCUGCGGCCAGUGCCAGGUUCUGGAGAAAGCCAACAUUCCCUGCACCAACCUCUAUCGCCAGUGCACGGACUGGGCCACCCCAGGCCACACCUCGGCAGAGGGCGAGUGCGUCAACAAUGCCAAGUGGAUGAAGCGCAACUGCAAGCUCUCUUGCGACCCAGCCUGCCAAGCAGCCUAA